GUCCGCAGAAGACUUUCCCCUGGCUGAAAUGCCCACUCCUUCGCCCCAAUUCAGUGUUACUGAUGUGAUCGUCGUCGUGGCGUAUUUCAUCUUGAACUUGGCAGUGGGAAUAUGGUCUUCAUGCAGGGCAAACAGAAACACUUUGAGUGGAUACUUCCUGGCUGGGAGGAACAUAGCCUGGUGGCCGAUUGGUGCCUCGCUCUUUGCCAGCAGCGAAGGAUCGAGCCUUUUCAUUGGACUGGCUGGCACGGCGGCUGCAGGAGGGGUAGCAGUGGCCGGCUUCGAAUGGAACGCCACCUUUGUGCUUCUGGCGUUGGCCUGGGUGUUUGUUCCAGUCUACAUCUCCUCAGGGAUUGUCACCAUGCCGGAAUACCUCCAGAAGCGCUUUGGCGGGGAGAGAAUCCGGAUAUACCUUUCAUCCCUGUCUCUCCUGCUUUCCAUCUUCACCAAGAUAUCGACAGACCUGUAUUCAGGAGCCUUAUUUGUUCAGGUGUGCCUAGGCUGGAAUCUCUACCUUUCCACUGUCCUGAUGCUGGUCGUCACUGCCAUUUACACCAUUGCAGGUGGGCUGGCGGCUGUCAUCUAUACAGAUACUCUGCAGACUCUCAUUAUGGUCAUUGGAGCCACCAUCCUGACAGUAACAGCUUUCGACGAGAUCGGCGGCUACCAGAACCUGGAAGAAGCUUACUUAAAGGCCGUGCCGUCUAAGAUCAUCCCCAACACAACCUGCCACGUGCCCAGGCUCGAUGCAAUGCACCUUUUCCGGGAUCCUGUCUCCGGAGACUUGCCCUGGACUGGCAUGACCUUUGGGCUCUCGGUCGUGGCCACAUGGUACUGGUGCACAGACCAGGUCAUUGUCCAGAGGUCUCUCUCAGCAAAGAACCUCAACCAUGCCAAGGCCGGGUCCAUCUUAGCCAGCUAUUUGAAAAUGCUUCCCAUGGUUGUCAUCAUCAUGCCUGGAAUGAUUAGCCGGAUCCUGUAUCCAGAUGCCGUUGGCUGUGUGGACCCCGAAGAAUGUUCCCGAGUCUGUGGGUCCGAGGUGGGCUGCUCCAACAUCGCCUACCCCAAACUGGUGAUUGAGCUCAUGCCCAGUGGUCUGCGAGGGUUAAUGAUCGCCGUCAUGAUGGCUGCUCUGAUGUCAUCCCUGACCUCCAUCUUCAACAGCAGCAGCACCCUCUUCACCAUGGAUAUCUGGCAGAAGGUCCGGAAGGAGCCCAGCGAGAAAGAGCUGCUUCUGGUUGGAAGGAUAGUCACUAUUGUCCUCGUUGCUGUCAGCGUGGUUUGGAUCCCAAUCCUGCAGAGCUCCAACAGCGGCCAGCUGUAUAUCUACAUCCAAUCUGUCACUAGCUACCUUGCCCCGCCGGUUACGGCUGUCUUCCUCUUGGCCGUUUUCUGGAAGCGAGCCAAUGAACAGGGGGCUUUCUGGGGCCUGAUGGUGGGGCUGGUCAUUGGCCUGAGCCGGAUGGCCUUGGAGUUUGCGCAUCCCACGCCCCGUUGUGGUGUCCCGGACAGGCGCCCUUCCCUCGUGAAGGACCUCCACUAUCUUCACUUCGCCACCCUCCUCUUCCUGCUGACUGCCAUGGUGGUGGCGGGCAUCAGCUUGCUGACUAAGCCCCCUGCCGAAUCCCAGGUAAAGUUUGUGACUUGGUGGACCCUUCGUGAGGAGGAGCCCCUUCCUCCCCAACUUCCCAACGCCAAAUCGCUGCCUGAGGAUGGCUUUUCCAGCACACAGAACAAUGAUCUCCUGGAAAGCCUCCCAUGGAGUUGCUUUGGCAAUGGAAAGGCCUGCGCCCCCUGCAUCAUGAAGGCUGGAACCCCCCCAAAGAAGCCCCCUGCGGACAAGACAGGAUCCCGCUUCUGGGCUCGGAUCUGCUGUGCAAACGCCCUUCUCCUGAUCUGUGUUAAUGUCUUUUUCUAUGCUUAUUUUGCUUAAAGAAUGUCUUCUGGAAAGUUCCUCAAAGAGGAC